UCUCUCUCUCUCUCUCCCCUUUCACACAAAAAGUUGCUCAUAUCCUUCACCACCAGCCACCACCACCGGCGAUGGAGGCUUCCGAUGAAGCGGGUUUCGAUAUUUGAGGCUAGGGUUUCUGGUGCCAUAGAUCUGAGAAAGGGGCAAAGGGCGAAGGACGAACUCAGAAGAUAGAUGAAUUGAGUCGGGUUUGCCAGAAAUCGAGAAAUUAAUUGCAAAAUAUGAGAAAUUGUUUUUCCGGUGAACAAGAAACCCUCCUAAGGACGAAGUAGAUCUGUCGGAAACCGGACUCAAUCUCUCCCUCUUUCUAUUUGCUUUUCGUCGGAACCAUCAUCGCCUUUGUCUUUUAUCUUCUCAUCUGACGACGCCUUCGAUCUGUUCGUCAUCGGCGAUGACGAUGACGUCUGUGGCUCGAUAAAACUCUAGUUUCAGACAUCGGAACCAUCAAGCUGCUCGUCUCUCUUCUUCUCCAACGUGGUGUCUACAUAGCAAAAGCCCUAGCGUCGCCACCCUUAUAGUUUUACGAAACCCUAAGUUUUCAUAUAUGUUUUCACCCUCUUUCUCUCUCUUUUUCUUGUCGAACAACCAGCAAAUCUAGAUCUCCGUCGAGGCGGCGAGAUGUUUAGAUCUUCGUCAUCGGUAGUGAUUUGGAUGGUCCGACAAGUGGUUCAUAACAGUAGAAGGGAGAGAGAUGGCCAUCGUAGCAGCAGAAAGAAAGAAGAAUGAUGGUCUUUGGAGGUUCAGAUCUCAGUUUUUUUUUCUCUGGCGAAGUCGGCGCUGGAUAGUUCUAGCGUUCCAACGUCGACGGUGGUUUUAGUGGUCGGACGACAGUGCUCCGGCAGCCACCAGAAUCCGGUGGUGUUUCCUUUUUCUAAAUGGGAGAGAUAAAAAUAUGGGGUGGGGGUGAUAAUACAACUAGAUUUUUUUUCCCUUUUUUAGUUUUUGUAAUUUAAAAAAUAAAUAAAUAAUGAAAAUACAAAGGGUAAAAUCAUCAUUUUAUAAAAAUUCAAAACAGAUUGGACCAAACUUGCAACAAAAUGAAAAUUUUGGACCUGUGGUGUUAGUCAAAACCUUUUUGGAUCAAAGUAGCAAUUUUCGACAUAUCACAGGGACCAUUUAUGCAGUUUUGUCAUUUAACAAUGACUUAAUAAAACUAAAUUGGUAUUAAAAUGGUGAGACCAGAUUUAGAAUCAUACAUGUCAAUGUGGACCCCUUUCAAAAGAAAUUCCUAAAUUUAGAUUGAACCUAACAAUGAUAUAUAAAUACAUGGACCAUUCCUUUAUGUUUACUCAAGAUUCAAUUGUAAGAAACUUAAAUUUGCAUAAUGAGGGAUAGUUCAGGGACUAAAUUUGUAAUUUCCUCUUUAAAGAGCAUUAAACUAUUUCAUUUGGGGAAAAAAAAUAUUAUUUUGUGAUGAGUAAGUUAUUAGCUGGGCUUUAUAGUCUUGGUUGGGCUCCCAAAUAUCCUUUUCGCCGGAAAACCUAGCUGGAAAGCUCCGGGACAAAUUUCGCAUCAACCAAGAAUCAAAAACCUUGAAAUCCAAUCAAUCCAAUCAAAUCUGAUUCGAUUCAUAAUAAUGCUGGAGAAAUCCAACUCGUCCAGCAAUUCCACCAUUUCUUCUUCGAAGCUUACAACCCAACCGAAUCUUUCCAAAUGCACUGCGAAUAAUUCGAAUUCAAUUGAAGUCGCCGGUAACUUGGCGGUAGAUGAGCAAUUAGAAAUUUGGCCACCGUCUCAGGCGGUGGUUGAUGCGUUGGUACUUAAAUUAAAAGCUAAAGAUGGAGACAUGGAGGCGAAUUGGGAGAAGAUAAUACUCAAUUUUAAGAAAGAGCUUGAUGAGGAGGAACAAUUCAAACGACCUUCGUCUUCGGGUGUAGAUAAUAGCGGCGGAUGCGGUGGCGCUGAGGGAAUUGAGAGGAGAGAAAAGGCUAGACCAAAGUUUUCUGUUCCGCUUUCACGUCGGGAGAUGGAGAAGGACUUCGAGGACAUGGGGGAACGGCGACUGCCACGGAAGCCUAAGAAGCGACCUAAGAUCGUACAAAAUCAACUGGAUACACUGUUUCCUGGUUUGUGGUUGACUGAGAUACAUGCUGAUCUAUAUAGAGUUUCUGAGACCAAGAAGAGGUAGCAAGGGACAAUUGUUCUCCCUAACUUUGAAAGAUUUGUCUAUUGUUGACAUUUGCUGAAAUAAAGUUGUGUUCUUCAUUAUAAUUGGAAAAUAUCAAAUAGUCCUUUUUGCAGUUUAUAGGAGCAAAUAUUGUAGACUGAGGAAACCAGAAUCGGAAAUCCCUCCAGCAAAACUCACAACUUUGAUAGCUUCACAAUGGGCAUUUUUGUCAAUUUUGCUGAUAAAAAAGGGACAAAAUGGUCAAACAUAAGUCAGAUUUUUCAAGCUUUUCCUAAGGAUUUUCCAUACUUGAGUUCAGCUCCAUCUGCAACUCUAAGCAUAAGGCCAUUUUUAUAAAAUGUAAUUUGUUUAGAAUGGAUUAGCAAUAUAUUCUAUUAGAAUAUGUAUAGUUGUAUUAAAAUGUAUAAACUAUUAUUCUAUAAGAAUAUGUAUGAAUAUACAUUCAGUUGUCCAUAAGUAAACAAUGAUC